GGUAAAAUGAUGAAUAUCGAUACGAAUGAUUUAACUAUGACCGAAGCUGAAAGAGAGAAAGAAUUAAUUGAAUCGGAUAAGGAAGAAAGGGUGUAUUAUGAAGAAGCCUUGGAGGAUAGUAAUGAUAAACCGCUUAAUGAU